GUAAAAGAAGGACAUUUAUUAAAUGACGUUGGAAACUCAAUGAGCGGAUUUGCGUCAAAGCUCUCAGCUGCUGGCACCAAAGGAUGGAAGGACUUACAGUCUCUGUGGGGAGAGCCCAAGACGACCUUGACCUCAGCUGACACCAGCCCCGGAGAGAAGUCCUCGCUGCUCGGGCGCUCAUCCUACGGCAGUGGAGAUGACUCCUCCAAGAGCCACCUGCUGGGAGACGAGGACGAGUCCUGGGGCGACUGGGGACAAGACUCGGAUUGGUCCUCCUCCUCCAAAAAGCCCAGCAAAAAGAAUAGCUCUGAUUGGUCCGCCGGUAACGAAGACGACCUGGAGGCGUGGCUGAACGAUGACGACACUUCGGGCCUCUCCCCGGCCGCCAAGUCGAAGAACAAGAAGAAAAACGAUGAUGACUGGAACAGCUGGAAGACAGACUCCUCCUCCAAGACUUCGGCCAAAUCUUCCUCGUCUUCCUCCUCGCUCUCCUCCAAGUCGAAAAAGAAGUCUCAGAAAUCCUCGACAGCGGUCUCAUCAUCUGACGGCUGGGAUGACGCGGAUUGGAACUCUGGACUGUCUGGCACCUCGUCCAAGCAGAAGCAGCCGCUGGUGGGCAAUCUCUUGGACCUGGGGGAGGAGGAGGGCAGCUCGGCGGGCUCAAGGUCGCGGGGCGGGGACAACGACGGCUGGGACAACGAGGUGUGGGCGCAGGACGACGAUGACGAGUGGCAGACGCUGGAUCUGGGCACAGACGUCAAGAAAGCCAGUUAGGCGAGGCUCGUCGUAGCGUCGGUGUUGUGUUCUCGUUUGUCGUUGUUGUGCGU